GUCCCGUCCAGACUCCAGACUUCCAGCCCACCGCUGUCCCGCAUCCCCUCCCGAGUCGCUCUUUCCCGACGCUGUGGAAUUGGGAUCAGCUCUUACCUUCCCCAUCCAAUUGGACUGCACCUUCCUCCAAACCGACCUGCAUUGGAUGCACCUGCCUCCACGGCUUUUGUCGGCCCACAACCGGUACCAAGUACAUCGAGAAAAAGAGGAAGCAAGGAGAAAAAAAAAAAAAAGAGGGAAACCACUUCCCCGGUCGUUCCACUCCUCCCGGAUUCGCCAAUCGACCACGAAAAUUUCGGCAAUUUCCAAUCUUUUCUGCCCCAUUUCACGAACCCCUCCAUGCCCCUCUCUCCUCCACAGACUGCCCGCCGACAUCGACGACGAUCUCCGAGAGCAAUUGAGAGCAAGGGACAUGCUCGAUACACUCAAGAUGAGCGAGACCCAAUUAACCUUUGGUCGGACUGACGACUACAUCUUCAUCUCCAAGCCCAAGAAGGGCAUCGCUUAUGUUGAGGCCCGUUUUAAGGAUGGCAAAGGUCUUGCGCAGACAGACAAGGGAUGUCAACUGCUUCUCUCGAAACUUGAGAGAGAAUGGAGCGCACCCAAACUCAAGGACGACACUGUCAUCUCACUUGAGGCAGACCUCUUGAAGGAGCCAGUUUUCCACAAGGAGAUUCCAAGCGACAUGUUCCACUCUCUUCGUGUGGUUGAGUUCCAAGGCCUGGAUCCAUCUACUCGUGUCGUCUCUAUCCGCGACGUUGCCAUCAAAGUCAACCUCUACGGGUGCACUCCAGAGUCACCCUCCGAGUCGGAUGAUGAGUUGGUGGACAUUCUUGCAAGCGCCACUAAAGUCGAUGGCAUCUGGGAACUAUGCUGAAUCUGAUCGCUUGCUAGCUUGGUCACUGAUUAAGCUACUUCAUCUCAAAUCAGCGAAAGGGACGGAACUACCGUAGCCGUUCCCCAUGAACUGGGACCCGGCACUUUAGUUGAUCUCUCCCGACGUCAUCCCAUACCGCCGUGCUGCUCACUGGGGGACCUCCGAGGUCCGGAAGAUUGCUCGGCCGAGAACGCCGAACACCCCAUCACCAGCUACCAUCGUGGGCGAUGUUGAGAGCAUCGACUGUUAUCGCGAACCCGAUGAUGUCGAGCCAGGAGUGUGCAUGACCUAAUUAUGUGCAUCACAAAGGCUCAUUCUAGCAGCCUUAAGAACUUAAGGGCGCGACACAACGCCUCGGCCAAAGCCACACACAGCAUGAUCGACAGGCUCGACGACUAUCUCUACGAUUGACCAUACGUCGUAUCGACGAACUACGGCAGGACGUGUCGGAACAUGCAAUGGAACUCCGAUGCAUGGAGUUGCAAAGGUCGACGGACGAUGAGUCUGAGCAACAUCGGCUCCUCGUCAGCUUGAACGACAUGCAGCUCUCGCACAUGAUAUCAUUAUCGAGAUAGACAGAAUCGAGGACUUGGGUUCCUGCGUGCCCUGUCACGGUUGUUGCUACCAGUGUCGAGAGAGAUGGAUGCUCCGGGCGAGGUUGACGCAGAGGUCCGUCAGCUUCGGCGCACCAU